AUGGAUUCAGUAAAUGGCAAAAUAACGAAAUUCAGUGUAGAUUGGCUAGACACGAAAGUAGAUCAAUGGAGUCAGAAGGAAAAGGGGAAUCUCAAGCCGACCAAGGUUGACUGUCAAACGGAAUAUCACUCAAAGAAGGAAAUUGAAGAUAUCGAGGAGGAAACUGGAGAAAAGCCAAAAGUGAAGAACACUUUUCGUACACGAAAGUUCAUCGCUUAUGAGGAUCGCAUUCGAGCCUAUUCGACCCCAGACAAGAUAUUCCGCUACUUCGCCACGCUGAAGCGUGUAGACGAGGACGGCACUUCAGAGGUCUUUAUGACUCCAGACGACUUCCUUCGCGCCAUCACACCCGGUCUGAAACAGCCUGAUGGGUUGGAUCUCGAUGCUUUUAUCAAAUUCGAUCCCAAGAAGGACCAGUUGAAUCUGAACAUUCCGAAAGACUCAAUCUUCUAUUGCUUUGGCAAUAACGCUCUGAUUUCGUUCACCGACUUUGUUUUUCUCCUAACCGUGAUAUCCACACCUCAACGACAAUUUGAAAUUGCCUUCCGCAUGUUUGAUAUCAAUGGAGAUGGUGAAUUGGAGGCCAGUGAAUUUGAUGUGGUUCGUGGAGUCAUUCUCGACACCACGGCUAUGGGUCGUCGACAUCGAGAUCACUCUACAACAGGCAGCACCUUGAAAUCGGUGAGCCAAAGUGCUCUACACGACUACUUCUUUGGAUCAGAUGGAAAGCAGAAGUUGAAAAUCUCCAAGUUCUUGGAGUUUCAGUCUCGACUUCAAGAGGAGAUUACUCAGCUAGAGUUCAAGAGGCUACAGCAAGAUACGCGGGUAAGUGCGUGCACGGCCGAGCGCAUGAUCACCCCACUUUCAACUGCCUCUAGGUUUGAACGCUACGCCCCCAAAGAGGGACGAAUUACGGAGCAAGCUUUUGCCAAGUCUUUGCUCACUUAUGCAGGGUUCUCGGAGAACAAGCGACGACUAAUGUUGCGACGAGUGAAGAAGAAGUUCCCAGAGGAUGAUAUCGAAACUUCUGUGGGUAUCACAUUUAAAGAAUUCCUCGAUUUCACCUGUCUUCUGCGUUGCGUCUCGGAGUUGGACACAGCGCUCACUUUUCACACCCUGGCUGGUGCCGCCAUCGAUCCGGCCACCUUCCUCCAUGUCUCGAAGGUUGUUGCUCACGUCGAGUUGACACCCCAUCUUGUGGAUGUCGUGUUCACACUGUUCGACGAAAAUGAUGACGGUCAGCUGAGCUACAAGGAGUUCGUGCAGGUGAUGAAGAAUCGCCUAUUUCGAGGUCUGGACAAACCGAUGGACACGGGAUUCAUCCGCUUCCUCAACGCUAUCGUUUACUGCGUCCAACAUGAGAUUCGGCGAAGGCUGGAUUGA